AUGGCAGCGGCAAAGCUUAUGUUGGAGAGAGUCCAUCCUGCAUUAUAUCAGCCACAAACCGACCACAACGCCUAUACACUUGGGAGUGUCAGUGGUCAUCAUGUUGUUAUUGCCUGUCUUCCCACGGGUGUCUAUGGAACUACAUCUGCGGCGAUUGUGCUUGGCCAAAUGAUGCAGACAUUCCCUUCUCUCGAGUUUGGACUUAUGGUAGGCAUCGGGGGUGGUGUGCCCAGUAGAAAGACUGAUAUCCGCCUUGGAGAUGUCGUUGUGAGUACGCCGACUUCUGCUUCUACCUUUGGGGGUGUCAUCCAGUAUGACUAUGGAAAGACACUUCAUGAUGGAUCUUUUCAGCAAACUGGGUCACUCAACAAGCCUCCUCGACAUUUGCUCACAGCAAUAUCACAAAUGCGGAGUGACGACUUUCUGAGUGAUACUCUGAUUGAGAAAACGAUAUCGGAUAUACUCGACAAACACGAGAAGGUUCGAGAUCGGUUUUCGCGACCAGAGAACGACUGGCUGUUUAAGCCGAGCUACAACCAUUUUAGAAGUGAAGAUACCGACUGUUCAGCAUGCGAUCACACACAGUUACACGUUCGAAACCCGCGAGAUUCUAAGAAGCCAGUCAUCCAUCACGGUCUAAUUGCUUCUGGGAAUCAAGUUAUGAAAGACCCUAAGACAAGGGAUGCUCUAGCACAGGGAAGAGAUAUUCUCUGUUUUGAAAUGGAAGCCGCCGGUCUGAUGGAUCAGUUGCCAUGUCUUGUUAUCCGGGGAAUAUGCGACUAUUGCGACUCGCAUAAAAGCAAACAAUGGCAGGGAUACGCCGCUCUUACUGCAGCUGCUUACACAAAAAGGCUUCUUGGUGUGCUUCCUGAAUACGAUGAUGUCAGUGGUUUUAGAAAGGGACCAGCCCACCACAUAGCCCCUUCCCCAAAUGACCUUGAGCGUAUCAAGGGGAUUCUGCAACCCUCUGUGCAUCCCCUCGACACGUAUCAAAAUAUCGCCAAGCGACGGGUUCCGGGCACUGGAGACUGGGUCCGAAAUGAGUUGCUAUUCCAGACUUGGGUUGAAACAGAUGAUACCCCGUUGCUGUGGGUGUCGGGUAGUCCAGGAUGUGGCAAAAGCUUUAUCGCGCAGAACGUCAUCUCUUAUGUUCAAGAGCUUUUUCCUCAACGCGCCAAUCGGAGAAAUCAGACCUCAGUUGGGUAUUUCUUUUUCAAGCAUAUCGAUCCCGAGACAAGGAACUUCCACCGUGCAUUGAGGGAUAUCGCGUUCCAAAUCUAUCAGAACGACCCUUCCUACAGGGAUUAUAUCCAUGCCCACUGCCAUUCGUCCGAUGACAUUAAAUCCAUUCAAGCUGCCUGGAGGGUUUUGUUCAUGAAUUAUUAUCUCAAUCCUCUCGAAGAGGUUGGUGGUAAUGUGAUCAUCGUCCUUGACGGUGUAGAUGAAGCGUUUGAAGAGGACCGUCGAGAGUUUCUAAGUCUAGUCGUGGACAUCGUACACCAUCCUAUCAAGUCUCGGAUCAAAGCUGUUCUCCUUGGGAGGCCAGAAAUAUACGACGACCUAGUGGAAGCUCUGGAUCUGCCGAUUUCAACCAUCCAUGUCAACGCCGACAAAAACAUCGAGGAUAUCACAACCUAUGUUCGAAAAGGCAUCCGUAAGUCCCGGUCGAUAAGUCGGGUUCCGAAACUACAACGCCUGUCAAUUGAAAAAGAUUUAAUAGACAAGGCCCAGGGCAUGUUCCUCUGGGCUGACCUGAUGUUGACAGAGCUUAAUAGGAGAACCAGGGCUAGCACUAUGUUUGAAAGCCUUCACAAAGCACCCAAGGGACUCGAUGCGAUGCUGAAAUACGUCCUGGAGACAUUCAGCAGCAGACUGAACGAGGAAGAGGCAACCGAGCUCAAUAUUAUUCUUGGGUGGGUGGCAUGUUCAGAUAGACCCUUGACCUUGGCAGAGGUAGAUGAGAUACUAUCAGUGGAGUUGCAAACCAACGAUGAUAAACUGGGACUGGAGGACGCAUUGCGUACGCAGUAUGCUUCGCUUUUUGUACUCAACCGGGAGGACGGUUUGACGACAGCAGAUUUAGUUAGUGGGGGAAGAAACAGCUUCGCUCAACCUCAAGAGGACGAGCCGGUUGAAAAUAGUGAUUCUUCUGGCGAGCAGGAACAGGAAUUUAAUUCCAACAAGUCUAGAACCAAAGUCGUCUUCUGCCACGCUUCAAUUGGAGACUACCUUCGCAACCCAGGUUAUGGAAAGGUAGCCGCAGGAGGUGACUCAACACCUGUUGGCGUUGACAUUGUCCAAUUGAGCGCGAGGGCUUUAAAUAUUUGUCUAGCACAAAUAGCUGAUGGGUGGCCGUCCUUCGUUCGUGACUACGCCAUUGACGAGUGGGUCAGCCACCUAAACCAUGUUUGCAAAUAUUUGGACAAACUCGAUCAACAGCAGAAGCAAGAAACAAUUGUCUUACUUUGUCGGAUCCUGAUGUGUCCGGAUCUGGAAGAAAUGUUUCUCUCUGGCGCUGCUCCAUACCCUGUGAUGCAUUUCAUCAAUCCUCAGACCAUCGACUUGAUUGUCUGUCUUCUCGCUGAUCAAGAGUGUAUCAAUACCAUCGAAGACAUUGAAAUGCAGAAAUGGAUACGUGUCUGCAUUCAAGAACCUGCCCAGAUAUUCGUGCCGUUAGGCCGUGAAGUGGCUAAGAGGUGGCUCAUCGACUCCUGGAAUCCAGGGUUCUGCAUGGCCGCGGUCUGGACUAUCGUUAUUCUUCUCAAUGGAGACAACCCACACGAUUUGCUAGAACCCUCGCCUACAUCUGUCGACACUGUCCUGGAAGUUGCUAGGUGGGCACAAUUUGAGGAAAACGCGCGCUGGAAUCACCAUGUCGGGGCUUGUCUCAACUACUUCGGACAUGACGACGCGGCCAUCCAGUACCUAAACACUGCAUUGGCACUGGAGCCAACAUGGGGAGCCAAAAGAGAUCUUGCUGAGGUCUAUAAAAAGCAGGGUCGAUUAGAUGAUUCCCUCCAGUUAUUGAGAGAGAGUGAAGCGCAAUACACACAGCUACUGGCGGGCCACGAAGCCAAAGAUAAGACUCGAGACCUAUCCAAGCUACGCAAUAACCUGGGCUUACUUCAUAUUCAGUUGGGAGAUUAUUCAAACGCCACCCACUGGUUCAUGGCAAGCAUCGAGCUUUGGGAUUAUUCUAACAUUUCGGACGCUGUGUACCUCGUUCUUUGUGUUCUGGUUGCAACCCGAUACUCGCAAUACGAAAGGAUCAUGCAGGUACUCAAGAAAGUCGACAGAGAAGUCUGGCCACUCGACAGUGAUACUUUUUUAUUUCAUAUUUUUAGACAGCACUUCCUGGACUAUAUGAGAUGGGACGGCCAAUUUCCCUUGAUAGUUUCUGUCUCCGCCAAACGCUGUAACAACCUGCAUUGGCUGGAGUCCAAGUACCAAGGUGCGAUCGCAGAAGGAAAUAUGCAACUAGCGAGCGUCAACGACAUAUUCUUCAUGGAGUCGCUAGCUCGCCUGUAUGACAAAUUCUUGGGCGAGGAGGAGAAAGCCAUUGAAAUUUGGAAGGUUAUCAUAGUCCAACAUAGGGUACCUGACUCGCUCGAGUACGAAGCUUUUUGCAGAGCAAGGAAUCGUGCUGUUGCUGCUUACGCCUACCGGCUCCUUACCAACUCUUUAAGAGAAACCGGGAGUUCACAAGCUCUUAUCGUGCAGGAGCUCGAGAAAGUUUGUGACAACGAAAUUAAGUCUUUGUCAACUAAUAGCGCUCUCUUUGAUGGCCAACCAGGAAUUUAUAUGGGGGUAUGGCAUAAACUCAAUGGGCGCGAGCAGGAGGCCAGAGAGUAUUUUAGACCGUAUGUGCCACGGGCUGUAUCCUUUGUCGAUGAAGAUAUUCCCAUAUAUGAUGUGAUGGAAGCACAGCGCAUCCUUGGGCACCUUCUUGCUAUGAUUGGCGAUGAUGAGGAUGCCAUUACGGUUCUCCAGCUCGUCCAUAGCCCUUUUACCACCCGCGAUGGCACUUCCGCUUCGGCAGAGAAACGGAUGGCAUCACCAUGGCCGCUGGUCCUCGAUUACGUUUGGUACUGUCAUAUCUGCGGUCGAUCAUGGGGAAACUUUGUCAAUUGCAACAUCUGCCGCCGGUGCAAUGCGGAUAUUUGCGGAGAAUGCCUCGACGAUCUCAAAACGGGGGGGUGGGGAAAGCCAUGCCUGUGA